UAAAAAUCAUACAAUAUGGUAUUAAAAUGAGCAGAAUGUAUGCCCCCCCUCUAGGAAUCUGCAGACCCCAGGGGUUGCUACUGAGGGCUGCAGAUCUGCUCCGUAAUUCUAGGGAGCACUAUGAAGUGGCUAUGUGUUUCUAUGAAUGGCUGCAGAUCUGCUCUGAGAUUCUAGGGAGUGCUGUGUAG